UUUUGCCCCUCCUCUCCCCGCUUGCUCGUUGAACACUCAUCUCAAAAUCCCGUCACACACGCAUCUCCUUCCAUCCAUCCCCUCAGCGCAGAGACCGAGCACCAGCAUCCCGAUCAUCCCUCCCACUUGCCUCGUCUCCUCCCACCUCCCUGCCUCAUCCAGCUGCCCUUGCCUGCCUGGGUCCCUGCCUAGACCUCCCCUUGGGCUCCCAGCCUUGGAGAGGUGGAGCCACCCGCAGAGGAUGCAAUUCUGGGAUUGCGGACACGCGUGAAGGCCCUAGUCCUGAGGAGAGACAUCAGGUGGUGCACUCGCCCUCUCCAUCCCGCCCCCCUCCACCACCAUGACAGACUGGGAACCAGAGGCCCCUGCAGUUCACCUUGCUCAUGUGGCCAGAUAUUAGCCAAAUCUGGAAUUUCAGGUCUGUAAAUCACUAGGGGGAGGGGUCUCAUAAAACUGUUCUCCCACACUGAUCUGCCGGCUUGACCUCUUGUCCCCUCCUCCAGACACCCUCCCCCCUUCCAGGAAACUGGCCCAAGGAGGGGCCUGGGCAUAUAUAGGGAGGCACUGUGGGAGGGCCUGGCCAGAGAGGCUUCAGGCAGAGAAGGCAAGACUAUGGCUUCUGCAGCAGCAGCAACAACAGAGAAGGGGUCUCCAGUUGUGGUGGGUCUGCUGGUCGUGGGAAACAUCAUUAUUCUGCUGUCAGGCCUGGCCCUGUUUGCUGAAACGGUAUGGGUGACCGCCGACCAGUACCGCGUGUACCCACUGAUGGGCGUCUCGGGCAAGGAUGACGUCUUCGCUGGUGCCUGGAUCGCCAUCUUCUGCGGCUUCUCCUUCUUCGUGGUGGCCAGCUUUGGUGUGGGCGCAGUGCUCUCCCGCCACCGGUCCAUGAUGCUCACGUACCUGGUGCUCAUGCUCACCGUCUACAUCUUUGAGUGCGCCUCCUGCAUCACGUCCUACACCCACCGAGACUACAUGGUGUCCAGCCCAUCCCUGAUCACCAAGCAGAUGCUGACCUUCUACAGUGCAGACUCGGACCAGGGCCGGGAACUCACCCGCCUCUGGGAUCGCAUCAUGAUUGAGCAAGAGUGCUGUGGCACGUCAGGUCCCAUGGAUUGGGUGAACUUCACAUCAGCCUUCCGGGCCACCACCCCAGAGGUGGUGUUCCCCUGGCCCCCGCUGUGCUGUCGACGGACUGGCAACUUCAUCCCCCUCAGUGAAGAAGGCUGCCGCCUGGGCCACUUGGACUACCUGUUCACCAAGAGCACAGGCUCCGGACGUGCAGGCUCAGCGGCCAUGGCUCACGGGCCCAGCCGCUCCGUGGCAUGUGGGAUCUUCCCGGACCAGGCCAUGAAUCCUUGUCCCCUGCAUCGGCAGGCGGACUCUCAACCGCUGCGCCACCAGGCCCCUCCAAAGAUGUUUUACCAGGUUUCUGAGCCCUGCUGGGAGUUGGGGUGCCCUGAAACCCCUGGACAUGUGUGCACGGACCCUUAGACCUUAACCCCAUCUCACUUGGCUGAUUCCUGGCCCAUCUUUCAGUGUCAACUUGAAGUCCUGUCCUGGCGGGGGGGACCCUUCCCUGAUCUUACCACCCCACUCGCGGAUGCCUCUCUAGUAGCUCCCUGAGCUCCUUCUUCAUGCUGGAUGUCGUCACCAUCACUGAGUAGUUUGUGAUUGUCUAUUUAAGCUCUGGUAGACUGGGACUGCCAUGAGGGGAGGGACAAGUUCUGUUAUGGU